GGGUCGCAAUGGCAACUGUCCGAACGGGAAGACAGCAGCAACUUUUCUCGUAUUUGUAAUGGUACAGAGACAUUAUACGUCGCUAAAGAAACUACUUUCUAAUGUGAGAAACAAACGUUACGCGAUUUUUCAAGUCCGAAAAUGUCCCAAGGAUGUAUUUCUGUGGAAGAGAUUCAGUCUUGGUGGGAAGUCCCCGCCAUAGCCCACUUCUGCUCGCUGUUCAGGACAGCGUUCCACCUUCCAGACUUUGAAAUAGAGGAGCUGGAGAAAGCCUUGUCGGAGCAGGACUUGGACUUCCUUGGUGACCUUAUUGCUUGUCUGUUGCAGGGAUGCUACCAGCGCAAUGACAUCACGCCCCAGGCUUUUAGCAGUUACCUGGAUGACAUCAUCAGCUACCGGUGGGAGCUGGAGGAAGGGAAGCCCAACCCACUUCGAGAGGGCCCCUUUGAGAAUCUCCCUCCUCGUACGCAGGUGCAACUGCUUCACCGGCUGUGCGACUACCGUCUGGAUGCUGCUGAUGUCUUUGACCUGCUUAAGGGACUGGAGGCUGACAGCCUGAGAGUGGAACCGCUGGGGCAGGAUGGGAAGGGAGCCCUCUACUGGUACUUUUAUGGCACUCGCAUGUACAAAGAAGAGCCAGUCAAGAGGAAAGCAGACAAGAUCAGUGAAACAACAGAACUGACAUUACCAGAGAAGAAGAAAAGGGGAAGACCACCAAAGAAAAAAAAACUGGAAGACCCUCAGCUAAGUGAGGUGGAAAGUGAAGUGACAGAAGUGAAGACCGAAAAUGGGCUGGAAGAUCUCCCCCCUAGCACAGGCCGUGAGCGUGGCACUUGGUCCCUUGUGUGUGAUACAGAGGAACAAUGGCUCAGUCUGGCAGAAAGCAUCAAGGACAAGAUCUCCCCACAGGACCGCCACCUCUACCGUGUCAUCAGCCAGAACUUCCUGCCUGAGAUCAGCAGCAUGAUUGAGCACAAGGAGAGGGAGCAGAAACAGAAGCUACUGGACCCAACCCCAGCUCGUAUAUCACAAGGAUUUUCUAAAAAUUACGUCAACCAAGAGGAGGAGGACAAUGUGAAGGCCAUAGCAGAGGAGGAAAAGAAGAAAGAUGAAGAGCUGGACAGGCAGGUCCUGCUGGCUGAGCAGCGGCGAGAAGAGGAAAGGCUUCAGCAAGAAGAACAACAGAGAGAAAAGAUGGAGAAGGUCAAAGCUGUAGAGGAGCGGGCAAAAAGGCGGAAGAUGCGAGAGGAAAAGGCCUGGUUACUGUCUCAAGGAAAAGACCUGCCACCUGAACUCCUAAAUCUAGAGCCCUCUUCUCCUGUCCACAGAACACGCAGAAAUAAAGCAUUCUAUGAAAUUGAUGAUGACUACACUGCUCUAUACAAAGUGCUUGAGGUCUUGAAAGCCCAUAAAGAUGCUUGGCCUUUCUUGGAGCCUGUGGAUGACUCCUAUGCCCCCAAUUACCACGAGAUCAUCCAGACUCCCAUGGACCUGUCCACCAUUGAAAAGAAGCUCAAUGACGGGGAUUACGUUGCUAAGGAGGAGUUUGUGGAUGACGUAAAGCUCAUGUUUGAGAACUGCAUUGAGUACAAUGGAGAAGACAGUGAAUACACAAUCAUGGCGGAGUCUCUUGAACGGUGUUUUAGCCGAGCCUUAUUAAAACACUUUCCAUCAGAGGAUGGUGACACAGACGAGGAAUUCCACAUCAAUAGUGAAGACAAGGAGCGCAAGGACAAAAAGCGCAAUCGUGGCAGCAGUAAACAUUUGGGACCUGAAAGUCUGAUCAAGGCUACGGAGCUAGUCCAACGUAAGCGAAACUCCCAAGGGGGAAAAGGAAGCACACUCUCGGAGGAAGAGGAGAGCAGACCAACACGACUGCCUCCUCUCCUUCACUGGGCCAAUGGCCCCCCUCACCCCUACCGACUGCCUCCAAGCCAGCAGCACAUUCAUGAAAGAGACAUCAGGCUCAUGUACCACCCAGGGCAACAGCUCCGUCGUCCACCGGGCCCCCCUGGUCCUCAGGGCCCACACCUGUAUGGCCAAAGAAUGGCCAUGGAUCCCCGCUUUGCUUACCAAGCUCACAUUCCCAGGCAUGGAGACCCCAGUUUGAACCACUUGCCCCACAACUUUAAUAUGCAGCAUCGCAUGGUUGAAGGACAUCACAUGGGUCCUAGGUAUCAAAUGGUCCCAGAUCCUAACCAGCAGCAGCCUCCACACCAGCAGCAGCACCCCUACAUGGGUCCAACUCAUGGCCCAUCUCUGGGCCCACGUCCUGUGGGCCUCCAGCCUGGCCCUCCUCCUGAAGCCAGCAUGUAUCCAUCCCACCACCGCCCAGAUGGCCACACCAUGCACCCCAUGGGUAACAGAUUCCCAGGGCCAGAAGGACCACCUCAGCACAACUACCCAGGUGUGAGGACUUCCAGUAUGGGCCUAUCCAACAUGUGGACUGGUAUGAAUCACCAGGAGAGACCCAAUGGGAUGCACAUGCAAGAUCCCAACAUGGUGAACUCGCGCAACUUUAGUUAUGGUGGAGUCCCACCUCCUGUGGGGCAUAAACCUUGGCCGGAAGGUGCUGGAUACCCCCAUCCUCCUCCCAAUGCCCAGUAUCCAAUGUCUGCAUCGGUCAGCUCCCCGGGGCCCAUGUCCACACGCCCCCCUGUUCCACACCCAGACUCUUCUGGCAGGACACGCUUGGCUUCCAUGCUGGAAAGCCCAGAGAUGCUGGCCCUGCAGCAGCUGUCAGCCUCUUCUAGACCCCCUGCUGGUGCCCCUCAUCAGCACAUGGGCAACUUUCAGCAGCCUGGGCCCCCAUCAGGAAUUGGCAGCAUCCCAGCUCACCCCUUUCAGCAGCCUCCCCCUACCCCUGAGGUUCAGCUGCUGCGUCCUGCUAGAGACAAUGGGCCAGACAGCCAGCCUCCCCAACAGACAGACAUGCAGCCCAAAGACUCUGAGAACAAAAUGGCUGCCAACAACAUUUCCGAUGAAGCUUCAUCACACAAAAACACUGUUUCAGUUAACCAAGACCACCCGUCCAUCCGUAGCCCCAGCGAACACCAGACUGGGCCAGCAGAGGUAAUGCAGAGCCCCCCAGCCUCUAACUCGGGCAGAUCACAGGAGAUUCUGUCUGGACCAGGGCUCCCGCGGAGUUCAACAGAGAGCCACAAGCAGGAGGUAGAUGGCCAGAGACAAUCUGCCAGCCACUGUCCCAGUCAACACAUUGGUGCUACUACUGUGUCAUCCCAUCUCAACAUAAGUAACAGCUCCACUGAUCCCACUCACCCCAUCCACCCUCAGCUUACACAGAACAGUCCACAGCACAAAGCUCAGAGCCCCGCACUUCUUCACCAGAACAUACCGCCGCUGCAUGUUGCAACCUCUCAGAAUAACUUGUCACACAUGCAGAAUGCACACGAGCAAAGUGAACAUCAGCAGAACAUCCAAAAACAGCAGCAACCUCAGAGUACCCCUCCCCAAUGCCACCCUCAGAGCUCUCACCAGCAGAUGACCCAGAGCACACAGCAUCACAAUUCUCUGCUACCCCAUCAUCAAGUCCCCCAAAACAUCUCUCCGCAACAUCCCACACAGAGCAGCCCUGUGCAUGGGAUGCCGCAUAGUGCCACACAGGGAGCUCCGCCUGGACCCCCUCAGCCGGCUCCUCUCACCUCUUUGCCACCCAGUCAUCCUACCCCGCUGUUACCUUCCCAGCCCAGCCCAGCAGACCAUGGAGAUCAAAGACCUAGCGAGCCUACAAGUAGACUGGACACAGACGCCAUUGCCGUCCCUCCACAGCACAUGAUGAAAUCUGGGCCCCCCAAUGGUAUUUACAAACAGCAGGCUUUUAGUCCCAAUCCCCAUCAAACGCAGCUGGUGGGUAGUAACCCAGGUAUUCAGGCUCAGAGAGGGCCAGCACCUGCUCACAAUCCAGCCAUGUCUCCUCACUCCCACGGCCAGGCAAACGGAGCCAUGGGUCCAUAUGGCAUGGGGAACCAUCCACACCCACACUACAGCCAGACAAACAUGACCAGGCCCCUGCCUCCUUCUGCUCACCACCCUUAUCACAACCAGGCCAUCAACCCCCUGCACAAUCCUGCUCAGCACCCCACCUACCACCAGCAGGGAGGGGCUGCCUACUCCUACCACACGCCAGGCCAGCAGCACCCUCAGGCCCACCCAAACAUGUACCAACCUCAUCAGUACCAGCAGCAACACUACUACCAUCAACCCCAUCCCCAAGCUCAGGCCCAUAACCAGGCCAACAGUAGAGGGAGUUAUUCUCCAGAGGAGUGGCAUCGCCCUCAUUAUCAGCCUCACCAGGCGAUGCCGCCCAACGCCUACCUACCUGUAGCUAGUGCCAGAGGCAACAGUCAGUUAAAGGAGAGCAGUUUGUCACCACUGGGCUCUGAGGGCUCCAGUGGUGCUAGUUUGGUGUCCCCUGGCCCUAUGCCUGAAGUAGGGCCACACCCUGGAGGCCCAGAGGGGAGAAAGUGUGAAAGCAGGGAGCAGGCCAGUAGCAGCAGCAGCAGCGGCGGCAGCCCAGCAAAGCCGGCUCAUACAGUGAGCUCAGAGCGACCUGAAAGCCCUAAAGAAAUCCUGGACCUCGACAGCCAUAAUGCUGCUGCCCGCCGCCGUAGCACCCAGCCACCUCAACAGCACCCUCCUGCCUCUGCCGCACACAUGCUGUCUGGCUUCAUGUACGACCCUCGUGCCGUGCACCCUGGGAUGCAGCGAGGCGGCGUUCCUCCACCGCACAUGAUGUUUCAGGUCCGUGGAGAUGGCAGCAGAGCCCCUUACCCUGGCCAGCCGUACCCAGAUCCACGCGGUUAUGCCACCCACAGACCUCACCCACACCUGAUGGAGGCUCUGCAGCGGCCCCAGCAGCUGCCUUACUCCCCGGGUCAGUCACGCAUGGCCAUGUUCAGACACCCCCGGCCUGCGGGCCACUUCCAGGCCAUGAUGAUUCAGCAGAGAGGCCUGGCACCAGAACACUUCCUACGCCCAGGGCAACAGACGAUGGCUGCUCCAGACGCCCCUAGCAGUAAACAAGGAGUGUGACACCAGAUAUCAGAACAUGUUAUUAUCAAAUAGCACCUGGACAAAGCAGUGAGCGAAAAGGAAGACUACGUGCGCAUGCUGACAGAGACUGUGGAUGGGACACUUGAUGCUCCACAUACAUCUCUUACUGAUUUUCUUACACUGGACAAGAACUUUUGGCUCUGUUUUACCCACCACUGAACUUGAAGAUCCAACCAGGCAGAUGGUUUUACUGAGAUGAUGAUGAUGAUAAUAAUAAUAAUAAUAAAUGUGAAAUGUUAAUGAGCCCUGGAGAACAAUUCUCUUUUCUUCUGGAGCUCAGUAGAACUGGCAGGGAUGCACCGACUUGCUCAGGGUCCCUUCACCACAAUGUUUCUUCCAAACGUGAGCGUUUGAACUGGGGUCCUCCAGCAGAAGGGCAGCCUUUUUAACCACUAGGCCAACCUGCCCGACACAGAGGACCCUGCCUUCAAGAACACUGGACAGCCCUCUCCUCUUUGAACAAUGGACAUACAACUGGAAUAAAGGACACAGAACACAGCCUGCCUAUCUUGUCUAAUGACAGCAAUGCUUGAUGGAGCUGUUAAUCUACUGACAGAACUGAGAAGGACUGGGAUGAAGACGAGAGGGACUGUUGUUUUUACUGCCAUUUUCUGUUCCAACCUUAUCUUUAAACUCAGGUGUAGAAAAGGGAGGUACUAUGAGACUGUCACCCUAACCCAGUCAACUAACAGGCCCCUAGCAAUUGCCUUGGUUUCCUUUGUGAAUGUAUGAGUGAAUGUGUAGACAAUAAGGUGCAGAUUAGCUGCACGUGAAAGGACACAAACACUGGUCAUUUGUCUGAAGCAUAAACCGUCCUGAAAAAGGCCCAGUUACUGUCCAUUUCCACCCCAACUCUAAACACGCAGUAUAUGCAUCUUUCAAAGCUGCCUUCAUUGUCACAAAUGUCUUUGACUAGCAGAGAGGGACUGGCAAAGAUGGCGCAAUUUGUGUUCGACUGCACCGACCUCUCUGUUAUGCACUAUGGAUUUUGUUAGUCGAGACAUCCUGGAAUUGAGCGGCCUUGGAUAGUCUUUAUUUUUAGUCAAACACGUAUAUGUAUGAAAAUAUCCUUACCUCUUGUCCCAGAUGGGAGAACUUCUAAAAUGUCCUGCUAGCUUGUAAAUGCACAUACACAGAACAAACAUACACAUCAAUUUCUUUAAAUUGUGACUUUUGUUGCAUUCCAUCUACAGGUGCGAACUUUCUUUUCACGGCCCUGCCCUUUGCAUGGUUGCUUCUUUGAGUGCUUCCUCUUCCCCAAGUCAAUACUAAACGUAUCCUCAGGGUGUACAGUUUCUAUAUACGGGUAUUUUUCUGCAUUAUUUGAAGGAGGGGCAGCCUAAGGAUAAUGGGACUGCAACUGUGGCAAAUAAAUCCACCUCAUGUGAAGAACCUAACUUUUAAGGGUCUGUAUUCAUUUUCCUUAACAAUAUUUAGCUUACCACGCCGCCAACCCAUUAUUUUAAUCAAAGUUGAUUUGAGUUACAUUCCUGUUGAUCGGAUAUCAUACCAUUAGUCAUCACAAUUAAUUUGGGCUUUCUUCUGACAUAUUUUUAAGAGCAGCCAAUGUAUUUUAUCAUAACUGAGGUAUGCUGUGGAGGUUUUGUCCGCCACCCUACACCUUAUCAUAUCCACGUUGCACCUGUAAAGCCCAUGUGCAGUUCGGUGAUGGCAGCAAAUGAAUCUACCUCAUCUAGCCAGUCAAUAGUCUACUGAAUCCCUAGACUUCUUCUCCUGCUCUGCCAGACUCCUGUGGUACUACAUUUUGUGACAAGCUGAGGAUUUUUUUUUUUUUUUUUUAUUUUUUUUUAGCACCACUUUUUAAGUUUGUAGACUUGCAUAGCUGACAAUUAAAUGUCCUUAACAAUACAUGACCAUCUUGGCCACAGGUUGCCGUGUCAACUUAUGAUGCCGACUGACCGUCUCAACAAGAUGCAGAUGUGAUUAUUCAGCUGUCAGUUUGACGUUGACAGGUAUUCUGUAAAAGAAACAAUCCUUGAAAGUGUACAAUAUCUUUUUUUUUUUUUUUUUUUUUUUUUUUUUUUUUUUUAAAUGGGACAGCACUUUCAUUCCCAGUUUUUUUAAAUUGAGUAUGAUGGACAAUAUUACAUCACAUGUCUAAAAUGGGACUCUGUAAAUUGGUCUCUAGUUGUACAGAUUGCAUGCCUUCCUGUCUAAAGGUUGUUGAAACUAGACAAAGUAGGCAGUAUUACAGUCUAGGGUCUGUAAUAGACUGCAUAGAGUUUGGCGGCAUUAUGGGUUUACUAUGUUCCUUAGUAAUAGGUACAUAAGGCAUUGUAAGGAAAUAAUUGAAGAGGAUGAUGGGAUAGGAAAGUGCUAGAAGCUGUGAGACAAUUUCCUAAAUGUGUCCCACAAGACUUGCUAUUUUGUUAAAAUAGAAAAUGGUUUUAAUAUUUAGUGGGCCUAAUAGGGCCACUUUGGAGGUAGUGUGCUGUCUAAUGUAUGAAGGACAGUGUUGAUUUUAAAGGUCUGAGGUUGUGAUACGGUCUUCUGCUGUACAGAUGUUGUGUGUGCGUGUUUCUGGUGUGUAGAAUUGGCACCAGAUGAUCCGAAGUAUGCAUUCAUCUCUCACUUUUACUCUGCGGUCAUCUCUCUGCACUAGUGAAAACCAUUUAGACGUGAUUAAAUGUGAAUCAUAUUUAUUUUCUCUUUUAAGAAUUUUUGUACAUUUUUGAACUUGUUUUAAUAUAAAUGUGGUCUGUUUCUUUUUGUUAUGUUUUUGUUUUAAGCAGUUGUCUUUUACCUCAGUAGCAUGGUGGCAUUGAAAAAUAAGACCUGUACUUUUAAUUUUUUUUUUUCUUCAAGUGACGUUUACAAGUUCUUAUCUGACUGACAGAUUAUUUUGGAAAUGGAACAGAGUAUUUUCUAUACUGUACAUUUCUUAGAAAUAAAUCCCU